UCAGCCACGCACCAAGACACGGCAGGCUACGUGAAACAAAAACUACAAAAGGAAGUCGACCUUGGCAGGAUGGCGGGCCCCUUCAAGGACACCCCCCUAGACAACCUCCAAGUAUCCCCAAUAGGCCUGGUGCCCAAGAAGCAGCCAGGAUAUGGUCAGCACCUGGGUAAGCAUGCGGAGGAAUUCCGUCUAAUUCACCAUCUAUCCUAUCCCAGGGGUAAAUCUAUAAAUAACUUCAUAGACACAGAGGCCUGCUCCGUUGUGUACGCCAGAUUUGAUGAAGCUACCCAUAUGGUUCAACAACUGGGAAAGGGAGCACUACUAGCAAAAUUCGACAUUCAGUCGGCCUUUAGAAUUAUACCAGUCCACCCAUCCGAUUUCGAGCUGCUAGGCAUCAGAUUCGAAGGUGAGUUCUAUUUCGAUAAAUGCCUACCAUUUGGCUGCUCCAUAUCUUGCGCCAUAUUUGAAACGUUUAGUACCUUCUUGAAAUGGUGCAUGCAAUCGCAUCUUCCAACGUGUCAGAUCAUGCAUUACCUGGAUGACUUCCUAACGGGGGGCACAGCAGGCACCAGCCACUGCUCAGACAACCUCAACGGAUGCGUGAAUACACUAGAACAGCUUGGGGUUCCUACUGCGCACGACAAGACGGUGGGCCCCACAACCAAACUGACAUUCCUAGGGCUGGAAAUCGACACCAUUGCAAUGCAGAUCAGAAUCCCAGAGUCCAAGAUCAAGGAGGCAACAAGGGAAAUCCAAGACAUCCUGUCAACAGGUAACAUCAAGGUCACAAAAAAGGGCCCUUCAGUCCCUCAUAGGCAAGCUUAACUUUAUGUGCAGGGCUAUACCAAUGGCAAGGGCAUUCAGCCGCAGGCUAACCGAUCUGCUUAGCAAAGGUAAGCAACCAUUUCACCACAUUAGGAUUACCAGCUGGGUCAAGGAAGACCUAAAAUGUGGUUAACAUUUCUUACGAGUUAUAAAGGCAUUUCAGUGUUUCAGGACCAACUAUGGGUGGACAGCGAUUUCCUCCAGCUGUUUUCAGACGCAGCGGGUGGCGCCGGCUUUGGGGCCUACAUGCAGGGCAAAUGGUUUAACGGCGCAUGGCCACCCCAGUGGGUGACGGAUGGAACUACACGGGACUUGACGCUACCUUGACAUGGUGGCAUCAAUCCUUCGGAUACAACCCCAGCUUCCUGACACCAAGAUCAUCGUAUCCUCAAUGCUGCACAGGCGCUACUGGCACGAUGCCAGGGACCCACUAAAGAUCGAGGGGAUGCGGAAGAAUAUCAACCGUCGACUGGCCAACCGAGUCAAAGAGCUCGGCGGUACAAUGGUGCCACAUCCCCAGAUCCUGGCAUCAGACAAGACAUGGAACGCCUGGGAGGGCGUCCACCUCAGUAACAAAGGACUGUGUGUGUUUACGGACAAUUUAUUGCAAGCCCGGGCGCUUGUUAUCUCCACAGGUACCUGGAUUUCACAGUGACACCAGCUCAGAUAAGUCAUACAAAGGACUCAACGGAUGAUGAAUAAUCCUCCCCAGAACAACCAACAGGUUCACCUCAGAAAGUGAUUAUUCUGAAUGAAAAAUGCCACAUCAGUGUGAUUCUGUGGGUUGUUUUAUUACGACGCUAAUCAAAUCUGAAGGAAUUGAUACCACAGCAGUGUGACUAUGUUUAUGUGGUGUACACCGACACUGACUAUACAAAUCUGAAUGACUUUUGUGGUUUACUGCACAAACAUAAUUGACUUCUACUUUGAAAUUCUUCUGACACUUGACUCAUGUGUUUAUUUAGAAAAUGGCAUUGAAGCAUCUGUUUCUGUUUUUGAAAGUUCUUGCAAACGCCUCUGGUUACUGAACC